AUGGUUAUGCCAACGGUUGUCACCGAUCGAUUCACGUCACUUGAUUAUACCGACUUUACGAAUAAUCAUGUCUUUUUGAAGGGCUGCAACAAUGGGUUCUUCGACUACAAUCGCCUUGGCAACCAUGCCCAUCAUGAGGGACACAAGAUCAGCUCGCCCAAGCAGCUGAUUGGCGACGCUCUUCGUGAGCGCGUUGAGGGCAUUGACCCUGAGCUUUGCGAGCCCGGCGCGGAGGACACCUUCUUCGUGGCCGAUCUCGGCGAGGUUUACCGCCAGCACCUGCGCUGGAAGUUGAAUCUGCCGCGCGUCAAGCCGUUCUAUGCUGUCAAGUGCAAUCCGGACACAAAGCUCUUGGGGCUGCUGUCCGCCCUCGGCACCGGUUUCGACUGCGCCUCCAAGGCUGAAAUCGAGCAGGUUCUGGGACUAGGAGUGGAACCCUCGCGCAUCAUCUACGCGCAGCCCUGUAAGACCAAUUCGUAUGUGCGCUAUGUCGCCAGCAAGGGCGUGCGCCAGAUGACUUUCGACAACGCCGACGAGCUCCGCAAAAUUGCGCGCCUCUACCCGGAGGCCGAGCUCUUCCUGCGGAUCCUGACCGACGACUCAUCUUCCCUUUGCCGUCUCAGCCUGAAGUUUGGCGCUUCGCUCGACUCGACUGACAGCCUCCUGGCUCUGGCGCGCGAUUUGGGUCUCAAUGUUGUGGGCGUCAGCUUCCACGUUGGCUCGGGCGCGUCGGACCCCCGCGCGUUCCUGAAGGCGGUCCAAGAUGCCCAUGUUGUGUUUGGCCAGGCAGCCGUUCACGGGUUCUCGCUCAAGACGCUGGACGUUGGUGGUGGUUUCUGCAGCGACAACACGUUCGAGCAGAUGGCCGGCGUGCUUCGUGCCGCGCUCGACGACUACUUCCCGGCCCACUCCGGCGUCAAUAUCAUUGCGGAACCCGGCCGGUACUACGCUUCAUCGGCCUUCACCUUGGCCUGCAAUGUCAUUGCCCGCCGCACCAUCGAGGACGUGACGGCUUCCAGUUACAUGUUGUACGUCAACGACGGCCUGUACGGCAACUUCAGCAGCAUCAUGUUCGACCACCAGCACCCCGUGGCCAAGGUGUUGCGCUGCGGCGGCCGCGUCUUGUACAACACGCCGGCUGCCGAGGCGACUGAGGCCGCCGACGGCAUUGAGUACAGCAUCUGGGGCCCGACGUGUGACGGCAUCGACCGCAUCACGGAGAGCAUCCGGUUCCCGCAGCUGCUGGAUGUCGGCGACUGGCUCUAUUUUGAGGACAUGGGCGCCUACACCAUGUGCUCGGCAACCACCUUCAAUGGCUUCUCUAACGACCACGAUGUCAUUUAUGUCUGCAGCGAGGAGGGUGCGAAGGCUCUGCUGGGCCUGCACUGA